CAGCGCUUCAGUCACUGGACAAUGUAGUGGAUCUGUAGCGAUGUCUGGACACUGAGGUCUGCGGGGACCUGUGUGAAGGAGGACGCGGGGUAGACUGCCUGUCUAAUAUCUGCCUCAUCCCUAUCUACCUUUAAGCAUUCAUUUCUCAGCCACAUUCAGGAAGCCUCCAUGAUGGCCCCCAUAAAGGACGCCGGACUAGGAGCGUUUACAUUUUUUGCAUCCGCUCUCCCUCAUGAUGUAUGUGGAAGUAAUGGCCUCCCUCUAACGCCAAACUCUAUCAAAAUCCUGGGACGAUUCCAAAUUCUCAAGACCAUUGUCCACCCCCGACUCUGUCAGUAUGUGGAUAUCUCCCGUGGCAAGCAUGAGAGACUGGUGGUUGUAGCCGAACACUAUGAAAAAAGUCUUGAAGAUUUGCUACAGGGCAGGAAGCCUGUGAGCCCUUUGAAGAUCUUGCACAUUGCUUUUGAAGCCCUUCAGGGAUUGGAAUAUUUGAACUGUCAUCGCAUUGUCCACCGGGCACUGUCUCCGCACAAUAUCCUGCUGGAUGGAGAGGGCCAUAUUAAGAUGGCUAAAUUUGGUCUUUAUUACAUAACAGAUCAUGGAGCAGAUGUCGAUUUUCCAAUUGGAUAUCCAUCAUAUUUGGCACCAGAAGUAAUUGCUCCGGGAAUUGUAAAACCAAAAGAUCCCACUCAGUAUGAGAGACCUCUGCCUUCGGGACCCAAGUCAGAUGUGUGGUCGUUGGGUAUCAUUUUGUUUGAACUUUGUAUGGGAAGAAAAUUAUUUCAGAGUUUGGACAUAUCCGAGAAACUGAAAGUAAUCCUUGAGUUAGGCUGUGUUGAUGACAUCGUGACCGUGCUCGCUGAAGAACAUGGAUGUGUGGAAGUGAUAAAGAGUCUUCCAGGAAAUCUCUUAACUUUAUUGAACAAAUGCCUUACUUAUCAUCCAUCAAAAAGGCCGACAGCUUCAGAGUUACUUUCUGAUAUCGUGUUCAGUGAAAUCUCACCUACCUACAUGCCCUACCGCAAACCCGCCAGCCUGUUCUCCUCUACUUUGAGAUGUGCCGACCUUGUUCUGCCCGAGGACAUCAGUCUCCUGUGUAGAGAUGAAGGUGACUUUCUGGCCGAAAGAUCCAUUGAGGAAGUGUACCACCUCUGGUGUUUGGCAGGGGGAGACUUGGAAAAAGAAUUAGUCAGUAAAGGAAUUAUAAGAUCCAAACCACCAAUUUGCACAUUACCAAACCUCUUAUUAGAAGAUGGAGAAAGUUUUGGGCGUGGAAGAGACAGAAGCUCCCUUCUAGAUGACACAACAGUGACACUAUCUCUGUGCCAGCUUCAAAAUCGACUGAAAGAUGUGCCUGGGGAAGCAUAUUAUCCUCUCUUAGGAGAAGACCAGUCAAAUGUCCCUCAUUCUGGUAGUAACAGCGAGCUCUCUACAUCCACCCUGCCUCUCAUUAUCAGAGAACGAGACACAGAAUAUCAGCUCAACCGGAUUGUCUUAUUUGAUAGGCUACUUAAAGCUUACCCAUACAAGAAGAACCUGAUUUGGAAGGAAGCUAGAGUGGACAUUCCUCCCCUAUUGAGAGGAUUAACCUGGGCAGCACUGUUGGGUGUAGAAGGUGCAAUACAAGAAAAGUAUGAUUUUACAGACAAGGAUACACCGAUUCCUACUGACCGUCAGAUCGAGGUAGAUAUCCCACGAUGUCAUCAAUAUGACGAACUCCUGUCAUCACCUGAAGGGCAUGCAAAAUUUCGAAGGGUCUUAAAAGCUUGGGUGGUAUCACACCCAAACCUAGUGUACUGGCAAGGGUUGGAUUCCUUAUGUGCUCCAUUCCUCUAUUUGAAUUUUAACAAUGAAGCACUGGCAUAUGCAUGUAUGUCUGCAUUUAUACCAAAGUACCUGUACAAUUUCUUUUUGAAAGAUAAUUCUCAUGUAAUUCAAGAGUAUCUGACCGUUUUUUCCCAGAUGAUUGCAUUUCAUGACCCAGAACUGAGUAACCACCUCAAUGACAUUGGCUUCAUACCAGAUCUUUACGCCAUUCCGUGGUUCCUCACAAUGUUCACACAUGUUUUUCCUCUUCACAAGAUAUUCCAUUUGUGGGACACACUCCUCUUAGGGAAUGCCUCUUUUCCUUUCUGUAUUGGGGUGGCUAUUUUGCAGCAGCUGAGAGUCAGACUUCUUGCUAAUGGAUUUAAUGAAUGCAUUCUCCUGUUCUCAGAUUUACCAGAAAUUGACAUAGAGCGAUGUGUCCGUGAGUCAAUCAACCUCUUCUGCUGGACUCCUAAGAGUGCUACCUACAGGCAACAUGCUCAGUCAACAAAACAAGCAAAUGACAGCAAUGGCAUGAGCAGAUCUUCAGCUAGCUUCACCACUGAAUACCAGGAUUCUUCAAAGACUGAUUUAGGAAGAGAACCCAUCAAGCUAAGUGAACUAAAAUCUGAAGUGUCCCCUCGCAUAUCGGCAGAGGAUCUGAUUGACCUGUGUGAAUUGACUGUGCCAUGUCAUACAAAGGGUCCUGCCAAGAAGACUAAGUCCAGUAAGCCCAAGUUACUCGUCGUGGACAUCCGCAACAGUGACGACUUUAAUCGAGGACAUAUACCUGGUAGCAUAAAUAUGCCAUUUGGUUCCUCAUUCACUGGGGAUGGAGAACUGGUGCCAGGUCCUGCUAGUGCCACCCUUCAGAGUUUCAAAGGCAAAGUGAUUGUAUCUGUUGGACAUGUAUCAACAAAUUCAGCAGAGUUUGCAGCACAUCUGGUGAAGUUGGGAUACCCACGAGUUUGUAUUCUGGAUGGGGGAAUGAACAAGAUGAAGCCAACAGGUUUACUAACAGUACCAUCCCCACAAAUAUGAGAGUUCUACAGCCGGUAGCCUCUCACCAUUUCACCAGUAAACUGGACUGGACCAAUCUACUUUCUUGUAUAUUAUGAUAUUGUUCUCAGCAUCAUGAGCUUGGAAAGAUGGCAACAGCUUGAAAAAGGAAUCAAGAGAUUUUAUUCUGAUUUGUAAAAUUUUCGUAUCUUUUCUGAAUCAUUGUUGCAAACCAUCUAACAAAUUUUUCUUCAAAACAUUAAGAUGAUGUUUAAGUUAAGAUGACAGAUUACACUCCUUUAAAUGGGCACUGUCAGAUACAAAAACUUUUUAUUUGUUGUACAUCUUUGCAAAACAUUAACCUUUCUAAUAUACUGCAUAAGAAAAUGUUACCAUAUUUAUCAGCGUAUAACACGCACUUUUAAAACUUAAAUUUAAGGCAAAAAGUCUGCCUGCGUGUUAUACGCCGAUUAGUCUUCUGGUCACUGAUUUAAAGCAUCCGCAGCAGCGUCUGCUUGUUAAGUAUUAACAGCACAGCCGCGGCCACUUUAAAUCAGUGACCAGCGGCGUCUCCUCCCUACACUGUCACUUGUUUUCUCCCGCACUAUCCACAGGUACUGGUGUGGUGGAUACUGCGGGAGAUGCUGAUUAAAAUGAGCCCUACCUUGUCUGGAUCUGCCCUACCUUUUAAUCAGCGUCUCCCGCACUAUUCACCAAUUCCUGUGGAUAGUGCGGGAGAAAACAAGUGAGUUUUACUUUUCAUUUUCCCUACCUCCCCCCUCCCUCAUCAUUCCCCCUUUCCCUGCUUUUUAUAGUUUUGUUUAUUUUCAUUACCUGUCUGUGCUUCGGCAGGUCAGGUCAGGCGGCGGGUCUUGCGGGGUCAGUGAAGCAGCUGAGUUACGUCCUCUGCCGGCUUCUCUGUGCGGCAUCAUUCACGUCACUUUUCAUUUCCUGUAGUCGCCGCCGAAAAGUGACAUCCGUGAUGCCGCACAGAGAAACCGGGAGAGGACGUAACUCAUCUGCUUCACUGACCCCGCAGCCCGCAAGACAGCCGAAGCGCAGACAAGUAAGGAA